AUGCCCCAACGCGCUUCGCGCCACCAACCGCUGCGCCUGCGCCCCGAACUUGCCCCCGCCCCUAAAGGAACUUUUCCUUCUGGUUCGCCGGCCACCGCGCACGCGCUGCCGGCGGUCCCUAGGCUGGCUCCAGAAGAGCAGGCGCAUUCCUCGCUCCCGGCAAGCCGGCUGGCUGCCGCGCAGGCGCUUUGGAGACCUUUUCGGGAACGUUCUGUGUCGCAACAACCUUCUUCUGCAAAAGAAAUCCUGUCCGGCUGCCUGGAGAUUCUUCCCGUUGAGAACAAGAGUUCUACCUGUGGGAGUACAAGGGCAGAACAGACUGCUCGGAGCCACAGGACAAGAACGGAAGGGGCUGCCAGGAAGACCAGCAUCCCUGCAGCGCUGCUGCUAGAGUUAGAAACCUGCUGCCUCUCCUCUCGAUCUCCUGGAGAGGAGAGAUGGCGGAGUUUGACACCAGUUGGACAACCCAUACCAGGAACUAGAUUUAUUGCAUUCAAAGUACCUUUAAAAGGGGCAAUUAACCAGAGGCUUACCCCAACCCAGAAAUUUACACCAAAAGACUUAAUUGCUGCAAUGAAAGCCCUAAAUCUGGAGCUUGGAUUAAUUAUUGAUUUAACAUAUACCACAAGAUACUAUGAAGUGAAGGAUUUACCUAAAAGCGUGCAGUAUAAGAAACUUUAUACUGUUGGACUCGAAGUCCCCGAUAAUGCUACUAUCCUACAGUUCAAAAAAUGGGUCAGAAAAUUCCUAUGGGAAAAUGCAGAAAAUGAGAAACUCAUUGGCGUUCACUGCACUAAUGGAAUUAAUAGAACUGGCUACCUUAUAUGUAGAUAUCUUAUAGACGUUGAAGGCUGGGAUCCAGAGGUGGCAAUCCAAGCUUUUGGUGAUGCUAGAGGUCAUCGCAUGGAUGGUCUUGUGUAUCUCACAGAUCUCAGAACACAACCAAUGAGAAGUAACCUUGGAAUGGACGUAUGGGAUUCAGAUGAAGAUGUUAUUCCCCCACCGCAUGCAGUGGAAGCAUCUGUAGAGCAGUUCCCAAAUGAAGAUUUUCAGGGGUCUGGGAAAAGAUUAAGAAUUUAUGAUGACCACUCUCACAAUGAUUUGCAAGGACAGAUACAGUUGAGAGAUUUUGAUUUUAUUAAUAAGGCACCUGGACAAAGAAGACCACCAUUCCAUGACCAUCAGACUCAGGAUGAUUUAAGAGCACCAAUGCAGACAAGAAAUUGGGACUACAACAGGGGACCAGGACAGAGGCGAAGACCCUUUCCUGAUCACCAGUUUCCUGAUGAUUAUCAAGAAGACAUGCAGCUGAAGGACCGAGACUUCAGUAACAAGGGACCUGGACAAAGAUUGAGACCUUUUCAUGGAUGCCAGUUUCAUGAUGAUUUACAGACAGAAAGACAAUCAAGGAAUAACAAAUUUAACAGAGGCCAUGGACAAAGGCAGAGAUCUUUCCCUGACCAUUCAUCCCAUAAUGAUUUUCAGGAACAUAGGCAGUCAAAGGAUUUUGAUUUUGGUAGCAGAGGCCGGGGCCAGAGACAAAGACCGUUCCAUGACCACCAAUCUCAUGAUGAAUUUCAGGCUAGGAUGCAGCUGAAAGAGUUAGAUCGUGUCAAAAAAAGUCCUGGCCAAAGACUAAGAUCUUUCCAUAACUAUGAGUCACAUGAUGAUGUACAGCCACAGCAACUGGGAGAUUUUGAAUUUGGUAAUAGGGGUUGUGGGCAGAGGUUGAGGCCUUUCAAUGAUCACCAGCCUCGCAAUGACUUACAAACAGAGAUGCAACUAAAAGAUUAUGAUAGUAAAGGGCCUGGACAAAGGCGUAGAGCUUUUCAUGACCAUCAGCCUUAUGACAACUUACAGGAACAGACUCAGCUAAAAGACUUAGAUUAUGUUAAUAAAGGGCAUGGACAAAGGUCAAGAGUUUUUCAUGAUCAUCCAGGUCAUGAUGACUUGCCACAAGAAUGGUGUUCAGACAGAAGUCAAUCUUUUUCUUCCCAUGAAAAUGUACCAGAACCUCAUUUCUCCUCAUCUCCUUCACUUCACAGAGAUUAUGGGUCUGAUAAUGACUUCACCAGAAAUUAUAGUAAUCAGCCAAAUUGUCCUGAAGACAAUAGGAGAAUGCAUCCCUCAGAUGCACUUAAUAGAGGAAAAAACAGAUUUGCACCAUAUUCUCCACGAACAAUGCACCCAUCGUCAUUUGGACACCAAGAAGAUAGUUUAAUAGAGUAUGAACAAAAACCUUUUCAAGGAGAACCUACUAGAGAAAUGGAACAAAGCAAAAGAUUACCAGUUGUAACAGUUGAUUACAAUUAUGGUCUGCCAUUAGAUUAUGGACCUGAAGAGGAAGAGAGAGCACCUUACAAUUUACCUCCAAGAGACCGCUACAACUGGAACUGAAUAAAAAGGACCAUGCUUGCUCAGCUUAAACUUACUUUUACCCAUUUUAAUUUGUAUGUGGACCAAUUCUUUAUUUUUUUUUUUAAACAAAUUAGGAAAAUACAAAUUUCAGUAGUAGAGAAUGAGUCUCUAUUGUAAGAUUACAAUCUGCUGAUGUUUGGUUCUUCAAAUUUAUCAGGGUGUAUUUGUUAAGUGUAGUGGGAGACAAGGUCUCAGUACACAUGGAAUUAAGUAAUCCUUCCUUUCAGUGAAAUUGGAACCCUGUACCUUAAAAUAAACAACUUAUUGUGAUUGU